CCCCGUGGGAUUGGGCUGUCCUGCACCGCUCACGCGCUCGGCUGCGGUGGCUGCUUUGGCGGGGAAGGAGGAGUUUGGGGCGAAGAUGAAGGCAGCGGGCAGCAGCUGAGGCGAGGGGCGACGGAUAGAGAAGCUCGCGGCCGGGGGUUUCUUCUCCAGCAAAGGGAAUGGCUUACGCCGGGGCUGCGGGCGACGAGGAGCCUUCGUCCGGCACCUCUAGCCGCCGAGAAGACGAGGGCUACGGCGGAGGCCAGGCGGCUGCGAUGCUGCGGGAAGCCCUCUCGCUGGAAGAGAUCCUCAAGCUCUACAACCAGCCCAUCAACGAGGAGCAGGCGUGGGCCGUUUGCUACCAGUGCUGCGGUUCCCUCCGCGCCGGGGGUCGCCGCGGAGAGAGCCUGAGCCGCCGGGUGGAGAGCCCUGCCGACAUCCGGAUCUGGAGGGAUGGGACCGUCACUUUGAAUGGAAGCGGCGCCGCUCGGAGCCCGCUCGGAGCAGGUAAAUCUGAACAUUCACAUUUUUCUGAAACAAAGGUUAUAGAAUCACUAGGAAUUAUUAUUUAUAAAGCACUGGAUUAUGGCUUGAAAGAGAAUGAAGAGCGAGAGCUAAGCCCUCCCUUGGAGCAACUGAUUGAUCAUAUGACUAAUACAGUGGACGUAGAUGCAACCAAAGAUGAAGGUUAUGAAGCUCUGGAUGAAGCUGCAGAUGAUGAACAUAAAGACAGUAUUGAAGUUAUACAGUCUUAUAGAGAUGUCAUGAAGCUUUGCGCUACCCAUCUGCCAACCCAAUCAGAUGCGCCAAAUCACUAUCAAGCAGUAUGUCGCGCACUAUUUGCUGAAACAAUGGAGUUGUACACAUUCUUGGCCAAAAUUAAAAGUGCUAGAGAGAAUUUAAAGAAAAUGCAGGAAAUGGACAAAGAAAGAAAUGAGGACUCUAGCACUGACCUUGAUGAAUUAAAAACUGCUGAUUGGGCACAGUUUUGGAUUCAAGUUAUGAGAGAUUUGCGAAAUGGUGUAAAACUUAAGAAAGUUCAAGAACGUCAGUACAACCCUCUUCCCAUAGAAUAUCAGCUCACUCCGUAUGAAAUGUUGAUGGAUGAUAUUCGAUCCAAGCGCUAUACUUUAAGAAAGGUUACGGUCAAUGGGGAUAUUCCUCCACGAUUAAAAAAGAGUGCCCAUGAAAUUAUCUUGGACUUUAUCCGGUCUCGACCUCCAUUAAAUCCUGCAUCUGCAAGAAAACUGAAGCCAACUCCACCGCGGCCACGUAGCCUCCAUGAAAGAAUUCUGGAAGAAAUAAAAUCUGAAAGAAAGCUAAGACCUGUUUCACCUGAUGAGAUCAGGCGUAGCAGGCUAGAUGUACCCACAUCAGCAGCCUCCCAAAACCUAUUAGAAAGCUGUAUAGCGAAUGGCAGCUUGGAAUCCAAAGCAAAGGUAAAUGGUCUAGGUACAACAACAAAAUUAACGGUGCAGCGGAAGAGACUUUUGAAAGCUCCCACUUUGGCUGAACUGGGUAGCUCAGAUUCAGAGGAGGAGUCUAUACCCAAAUCAGCCAGCAGUGGUAGUGUUUCUCCCUCCCAGAUGGAAGAUGUGUUUCUGGAGACCACAUCUGGAAAAAAGGUGCCUCCAAAAUUCUUGCCAAUAUCAUCUACACCACAGCCAGAAAGGAGACAACCACCUCAGAGACGACAUUCUAUUGAGAAGGAAACGCCAACAAACGUCCGGCAGUUCUUGCCUCCCACAAAACAGAGCUCCAGAUCCCUUGAAAACCCCAUAUUUCUGUUGUUGUUUGGUCUUAUGAGAAUGAGACAACUUCUUGUUCCAAGGAAGACCCUUUUUUCAACCAUACAUACAACUUCUCAGCUUAGUUCUCAUCCUUUUGAAGCAGCUUUGUUUGGAUUGGCCAGAACUGUGUAUUAUCUAUGUGAAAGAGUUUUUAACCAGUGGAAAGCCUCAAAGGAGGAGUUUUGUUACCCGGUGGAAUGCCUGGCUCUCACAGUGGAAGAAGUAAUGCAUAUCCGUCAAGUGCUGGUAAAGGCAGAACUAGAGAAAUAUCAACAAUACAAAGAUGUCUAUACUGCCCUAAAGAAGGGAAAGCUCUGUUUUUGUUGUCGCACAAGAAGAUUUUCUUUCUUCACUUGGUCCUAUACUUGUCAGUUUUGUAAAAGGCCUGUAUGUUCACAAUGCUGUAAAAAAAUGCGCCUACCAUCAAAGCCAUAUUCCACCCUUCCAAUUUUUUCCCUGGGACCUUCUGCUUUACAAAAAGGAGAAAGCUUUAUGAGACCUGAUAAAACUCCCAUCAGCCAUCAUAGGUCACUAAAGGGCAUACCAAGGUUAUCCUCAAAGUCAAAGUCGGUAGAUAAGUCAAAUGAAGAACCAUUUUUUCCAAAAGAACUCAUGGAGGACUGGAGCACCAUGGAGGUGUGUGUGGACUGCAAGAAGUUCAUUUCAGAAAUAAUCAAUUCAAGCCGCCGCAGCCUCUCUCUGGCUAACAAACGAGCCAGAUUAAAAAGGAAAACACAGUCAUUCUACAUGUCAUCUCCAGGCACUUCAGAAUACUGUCCUUCUGAGAGGACUAUCAAUGAAAUCUGAGUCUUGUGCCUUUCUCUUUAUUUACUCUUCAUGAGAUCCUGAGAAACUCAUCAAAACCAGAGCAUCAUUUUUUUCCCUUUGUUCUACUUGAUCAUUUACAUUUUUAUUAGCUUAUUGGUUUCCCUGCUCGAUAUAAUGUAUAAAAAGAAUCAGAAAUUGUCCCACCCAGCAGGCCAGCGAAUAAGCUUGUUUUACUGGAGGAAAACAACUAUACUAGAUUGUUGUCUACUUGUAUAUGUUCAGUGUACAAAGGAAGUCUUUAUUUGUAUUUUUUGUAAUUUAUCCCUUAGUUAUUUUUAAGAUGAGUCUCUAUGUAUGUAUGUGUAUAUAUAUGUAGAUAGAUCUAAAGAAAAACUAGAUUAUGGUGUUAGUACAUUUGUAAACCAUAUUGGCAUUUGCUACCAAUUAAAUAGUAAUCAUAUUUUGUUAAUUUGAUGUACGUAGUCCCCUAUUGUACAGAACUUGUUUUCUUAUAGCACAAGAUUAAGAACGAUUUGCUAAUAUGCUGGAAAUGGUGAAUCAAUCCAUACCAUCUCAGUCUUAGUAUACAAUACUGAAUAAGCUGGAAGCCUGAAUGGGUAAUUAUUUUCCUGCAGCUUCUGCUAUACUAUAAUAAAAUUAGUGUGUUCAAAA